AUGGUCUUUGUAUUUUAUUCCUUUUCGUAUAAUAUUUUUCUUAAAGAGUUCAUUCACCACCCUUUACCACAACCUAUAGAAUAAUGACAACGCUACUCCGGUAAUUAAGGUAUUAAUUAUCCUUUAAGUACAAACCAAAUCUUAUAUAGAGAGAGUCAACAGAGCCAUAGAUAUCAGAUCUGAUCAUUUGCAAGUAAAACUAAGUUGAAAGGUUAAAAAGACAGAGAAAGAAUGUCAUCAUCGGAUCAAAAGGAAGUAGAAGAGAAAGGAUCGUUGAUCUCAGGCUUGUUGGAUAAAGCCAAAGGUUUCUUUGCUGAGAAGCUUGCCAACAUUCCGACGCCGGAAGCCACCGUGGACGACGUAGACUUCAAAGGUGUGACUCGUGAAGGAGUUGAUUACCAUGCCAAGGUCUCCGUCAAGAACCCUUACCCUCAAGCCAUCCCUAUUUGUCAGAUCUCUUACAUCCUCAAGAGUGACACAAGGAUGAUAGCGUCUGGCACAAUACCGGAUCCGGGUUCGUUGAUUGCGAACGGGUCGACGGUUCUUGAUGUACCGGUUAAGGUGCCUUAUAGCAUAGCGAUAAGUCUGAUGAAGGACAUGUGUUUGGACUGGGACAUUGACUAUCAACUCGAUAUUGGACUGACCAUCGACAUUCCUGUUGUUGGUGACAUUACCAUCCCUGUCUCUACUCAGGGUGAGAUCAAGCUUCCUUCCCUCCGCGACUUGCUUACCUCUAAUACUCAAUAAUUACAAUCCGUAAAACAAUAUAGAUGAUCGUCGGAUGUUUCAGUUGUGGACUCUUGUUUUCUUUGGCUUUGUUGUUCGAUUAAUAAGGACUUUUAUAUUGGUUCUCUCUAUGUGUUCAUUUGAACAUUUUGUUGGUAAGAAUAAAAACUACAAGACGAGACUGGUCAUAUUGGAAGAUCGUUUAUUGUCAUCUUAUAAGUAUACAACUAUAACUAUAAUCCAAAAGUAAACGUGUGAAGUUACACUCGGGUUUAGCGUUAUGUAAUUGUAAGUGUAAAGAUAACACCGAAAUAGUAAUGCAGAAAGUAG